UGUAGGCAGGAAGAAAAUAAUCAUCACCCUCAAAAAUGAAGGUUUCAAUAUGUUUUAUCAUUUUUAUUAUUUCAGUUUCUUUAGCAGCUUGCGAUGAUUCAACCUUGGAAAGCUUUCUCCAAUGCCUUCCUACUCAUGUUAACUCCUCUAACCCAAUAGCAAAAGCCAUACAUAAGCCUUCUGAUCCCUCUUUUCAAUCCACCUUAGAAGCCUAUGUGAAAAACCUGAGAUUUCUGACCCCUACAACCCCAAAACCUCUUGCUAUUAUAGCCGCCACACAUGAAUCCCAUGUCCAAGCAACUGUUAUUUGUGCCAAGUCUCAUGGCUUGCAGAUCAGGAUUCGGAGUGGUGGCCAUGAUUUCGAGGGUCUUUCCUACACAUCAAAAGUGCCAUUUAUCAUCCUUGACAUGUUCAAUUUUCGCAAAAUUGUUGUUCAGCCUUACCAGGAAGCUGCAUGGGUUGAAGCAGGAGCAACCCUUGGUGAACUUUACUAUCAGAUUGCCAGUCAAAGCAGCAUCCAUGCUUUUCCUGCUGGGAUCUGCCCUACUGUAGGCACUGGAGGUCACUUUAGUGGAGGAGGAUAUGGGAACUUGAUGAGAAAAUUUGGUCUCUCUGUGGACAAUAUCGAUGAUGCACGAAUAGUUGAUGCCAAUGGUAGAAUUCUCGACAGACGAACCAUGGGAGAAGAUCUAUUUUGGGCACUUAGAGGUGGUGGCGGAGCAAGCUUUGGGGUCAUUCUUUCUUGGAGGAUCAAAUUGGUUAGAAUUCCUGAAAAAGUAACCGUAUUCAGGGUGGGCAGGACUUUAGAACAAGGUGCAACUGACAUCGUUUAUCGGUGGCAGGAAGUUGCUCCUGAGCUAGAUAAUGAUCUUUUCAUAAGAGUAAUGCCAACAAUUGCGAACGGUACACGCAAGGGUGAGAAGACGAUUCAAGUACUUUUCAUUGGCAUGUUUCUUGGAAAAACGGACAGACUUCUUCCAUUGAUUAAUAAGAGCUUUCCUGAGUUGGGUUUGCAGCGAAAGGAUUGCGAUGAAGUAAGCUGGAUAGAAUCAACACUUUUCUGGGCAGAGUUUCCCAAAGGAACCCCCAUUGAUGUUCUACUCCAGAGACAUAACACAACACUAUUCCUUUCCAAAGCUAAGUCUGAUUAUGUAAAAGAUGUGAUUCCAAAGUCUGGUCUUGAGGCAAUUUGGAAGUCGAUGCUUAAAGUGGGGCGGAUGUUCAUGCAAUUUAACCCUUAUGGAGGAAGAAUGAGUGAACUUGCAGAAACUAGCAGUCCAUUCCCUCAUAGAGCUGGAACCAGGUUCUUGAUUCUAUAUUCUACGAAUUGGGAAGAAAAAGAUGGGAUUGAUACAGAAAAGCAGGUAAAUUUGUUAAGAGAAAUGUAUGAUGCAACGGCUCCAUACAUGACCAAGGAACCAAGAGAGGCUUUUCUCAACUAUAGAGAUCUUGAUAUUGGUAGCAAUCCAAGCAACCAUACAGACUUUAAGACAUCUAAAGUUUAUGGGCUCAAGUAUUUCAAGAACAACUUCUUCAGGUUGACAGAGGUGAAAGCCAGAGUUGACCCCGAUAAUUUCUUCAAUCAUGAACAAAGUAUUCCACCACGAUAUGCUAAUCAUAAUUAAUCGAGUAAUUAACUUAUUGUUAAGUUCAUGUAUUACUUAUAAUGAUAGAAUUAUCAAAUAUAUAGAAUAACAUCCGUUGCUUUGCUCAUGAAUGGCAUCAAUGAAAACUUUUUUACUUUCUUUUCAUACAA